AUGGAGCCAGCCACGCCGACAACCCCAGCGCGCCACGGGCCUUGUAUGACGUGCCGCCUUCGGCAUGUGUUGUGCGACCGCCAGCGCCCCUGCGGCCGCUGUGCGCGACUGGGCGAGACAGACCACUGCGUGGACCCGCCCCGCGCGCACAAGAGAGGCCGCCCUCGCAAGGAGCACCCGCCCCCGCCUCCCACUCGAGCCGCAAUCACCACCGCGGCACCACCCCUGCGCCCGGCCGCAAGGUCCACGACCGCUGAGCCCGUAGCCAGCAGCCCGCCCAGUUUGCAGGCGCCGACCAACGCGGGGAGCCACCAGCUCAGGGAAGAAGGGGAGGAGGGCCACCACGGCUUGGACAGACAAGGCGCGGAGGGAAGAGGGGGGCCGGUGCCACCGCUGGACACGACACUCUCGCUUGCCCUCCUGGUCGAGCUGAAGAAGGUGCGCCGCGAGCGUGAGGCCCUCCCCCACCACCCAUUUUCGCCUCCUAUCCGCCCAGCCGUCGAGCAACCUGCUCAGCUGCCUGUCCGACCGGCCGUGGAUGAUCGAGCGCGUGGUAGCGAACAGUACCUCCGGCCAGGCCAGGAGAUGCCCGCCACGCUGGUCACAGGCUUCAACGACCAGUUCUGCAACCUCUUCAAGUACUCUCGGGAGGAGCUAGAGGAGCUGAACGGGCUCCGCCUGUAUCCGCGGUCAGUCUGGGAAGCGUUGACUCCUCUUGCCGAGGAGGUGUUCUGCAAGUGCCCCACUAGCGCUGGCCCCAUUUACACCUUCGUGGCGCCCAUGAUCGACAAGCAAGGCGGCAUCCUCUACACUGAGGCUUCUACGACUGGCAAGGCACCAUCUCCUGGGGCGUGA